AUGUUUCUUAAGACCAUAGACCUCACGACUGCGCUUCGCCCGUCCUACCUUCCUGACGAAGUCCUCCUCUUCGUUCAGGACAAUGUCGGCCUUUAUGAGGGCAAGUAUAAACUCCCCAACCAUCAGAAUGGCCAAGUCUACUUGACGUCGCAUCGGGUAUGCUACGUGGACAAAAAUGAACCGCGCAAGUAUUCCGUCGCGCUUGAGCUCAAGGAUGUUGAGCGCUACGAGUCAUACGCUAGGUUCCUCAAAUCUUCGCCCAAAGUCACGCUUGUACCGAAGCCACCGAAGCGCGGCAAUGCUCCCUUGAACAGCCCCGGGUCACUAGGCCGACGAGUAGGUAGCCCUAGGACCCAGCAACCGGAGCAGGUUCCGGUGACCGCGGCCACUUGGGUAUGCGUCAUCUGCAGUUUCUCGAACCCGGUUCCCUCGAACUUCGACCCUACUACAGCUACGGCGAAUAGUCCUACCGGCCCAUCUAAGACGGAUACCCUUAACAGUAUCAAGAUCUCGUUCCGGGGCGGCGGGGACAAGAUCUUUUAUGAGCGUCUGAAGGGCUCCAUGACUCAGAGGAAGUGGCUUCUGCACGGUGCGCCAGCCAUCCCUAAGGGUGGCCGAGGCGAUGAAGAGCUUAGCCCGUCGGGCUCGGCCGGAAUUGCUAGUGACGCGAGGAACACCACGAAAGCAGCCGGAAUCGCAGCACUCGAACAACGAGGCUUGGCCAUGCGAAGAAACAACGAGCUUGUGAUCGGAGAUGCGUUUGAGGACCUCGAGUCCCUGAUGGCAUCCGCGAAAGAGAUCGUGGCGCUAGCAGAGCAAUUUGCUCGACAGGUCAACGGGAUAGGAGGUAGCGCGGCGCUCGAGGCUAGCGCAUUGGUCAACCAGCUUGGCUUGGUGACCACAAAGGAUAUUGUUGGGGGCGGAAGCAGCUCUGAGUCCCUCUACCUCUCUGAACUGGCCCGCAACCUUGCGGAGUUCCUGACGGACGACUCCCGCGGGGUUCUCAAGAAGGCGGGCGGGGUGGUGAGCCUCGUAGACCUCUGGGCCACCUUCAACAGGGCGAGGGGCGGGGUUGAGCUCGUCAGCCCCAAGGACUUUGAGAAGGCUGCAAGGCUAUGGGAAACGCUAAAGCUACCAGUACGGCUGAGGACUUUCAAGAGCGGGGUUAUGGUGGUGCAAGGUCAUGAUCGCACUGACGAGAGCAUCGUCGCGGCCAUUCUCACGUGGCUACAAGAUCUUCAUGAAUUUCCCCCAGAGAAGGAGGUUCCAUGGGAUUGGCAUCAGUUUGGAGUGGGGAUCACAGCACAGGAGGCCGCUCAGCGUUUUGGGUGGAGUCUUGGAGUGGCAGAGGAGGAGCUUGAGAUGGCAGAAGAGAAGGGGGCUCUCUGCCGAGAGGAGGGCGCCGAAGGCCUGAAGUAUUGGAAGAACCACAUCAACACUGGGGACAUCAUUCCUCUGCCGAACCCGGAGGCUCAGGACACCGAGCAGAUAAUGAGAGUCCUUAGAGAGCAGGGGUUUCUCUAA